AUGAUCAAGCAAGUGUUGGAAGAUGCAGAUACACGCCCAGUCAUUGAUAAGGCUGUGCAACUUUGGCUCAAGAAACUCCAAGAUGUUACAUAUGAUGUUGAUAACGUCUUGGAUGUGAUCAACUAUGAAAACUUGAGUCGACAGAUCUGGAACCAGAAGAUGCCAAAAGUGUGCUCAUACUUCUCUUUCUAUAGGCCUUUGGCAUUCCGAUGGAAAAUGGCUCACAAAAUCAAGGAGAUAAAUGUUAACUUCCAGGAUAUAAACAAACGAGCUAAUGACCUUGGCCUCUGGAGAGUUUCUGACUUUGCUAACUCUUUGCCUCCGGUCAUGGAAACUGACAGCAUAACUGUCGAUCCAAUUUUCGUUGGGAGACAAGAUGAUGAAUUUGAAAUAUUGAAGUUGAUAACCAACACAAACGACUCAGUUAUUUCAGUCCUUCCCAUAGUUGGAAUGGGAGGGCUAGGCAAAACAACUUUAUCUCGGUCCGUCUUCAAUCAUCCGUGCACACAGAGUUUUUUUGAUGAAAGGAUUUGGGUAUGCAUCUCAAAAAAUUUUGAUGUGACGACAAUUUUUAAAAGGAUUCUGGAAUGCUUGGAAGACACUUCUGAUGUAGACAACAGGGAAGCUAUAGUGAAAAAGCUUGGAAAGAAAUUAGAAGGCAAAAAAUACUUGCUUGUUCUUGAUGAUUUUUGGAAUGAAAAUAGACAAGCCUGGGAUGAUUUUAAAAAUACUAUGGCUGGAGUUAACUCCAAUAAACGAAAUGUCAUCAUGGUGACUACGCGCCUUCAAAGUGUGGCAUCAAUUGCAAAAACUUACAGAGAUGCAUACAGCUUGGAAUCAUUAAAAGAUGAUCAGUGCUGGUCUAUAAUCAAAGCAAGGACCUUUGGAGAUGCAGAAGUACCAGAACGAUUUGAGAAAGGUGGAUAUGAGAUUGCUUGCAAAUGUAGAGGUCUACCAUUAGCAGCAAACAUGGUCGGCGGAACUUUGCAAGGAAAGGAAGUAGAUGAGUGGAUUUCAGUUCUAGAGAUCGGGCUUUCAAAACUUGAAGCAAAUCAGGACAGUAUGAUGCAAGUCUUAAAGGUAAGCUUUGAUCGUUUAUCUUCUCCGUUACUUAAAAAAUGUUUUGCCUAUUGUUCAAUAUUCGCCGAGGAUUCAAGAAUACGGAGAGAAGAUUUAAUCCAACUCUGGAUGGCGGAAGGAUUUCUUCCGGAUAAUCGAGAAAAUAAUAUGGAGACUAUAGGCAAUACAUGUUUCAACAUUCUGUUGCAAAAUUCCUUCCUGCAAGAGGCCGUAAAGGAUUUUUAUGGCAAUAUCUUAUGCUGCAAGAUGCAUGAUCUUGUGCGUGAUCUCGCAUGCUCGGUUUCAAAUUCAGAAAGCUUUAAUGCGAAAGAUCGCUCUACUGAUGACAUUCCCAAAGUUAGAUACCUUGCACUGAAAUCACUUGGAAAGGAAACACAAGCGAUUACAGAAGAGAAAGCAAGUUAUCUGCGCACGUUGUUCUUGCGGAGCCCCUUACCUGACAAAAUUUUACCAUGGUUCAAGUACCUACACAUUCUAAAGUUAUGUGAUGCAGACAUCGAAGUUCUCCCAUCCGCAAUUGGAAAGUUGAUACAUUUGAGAUAUCUUGAUGCAAGUGGUUGGUUGAAACUUGAUAAAUUGAUAGAGGUCAAGUUCAAAAAUUGCAAAAAUUGUGAAGAAAUUCCCAUAUUUGGCCACCUGCCACUCCUCAAAUACCUUACCUUAUCCAGUUUGACUAGCGUAAGAUCCAUAGGUCCUUCAUUCUAUGGUGGCCAAGAGACAAGAGUAAUGUUCCCAACACUUAAAAGACUCAUUCUAGAGAACAUGCCAAACCUAACAGAGUGGGCGGAAGCUGAGGUGAUGCCAGUGGCGGAAACACAAACACGUAGAGAGCAAGUAUUUCCUUGCCUUGAUGUUUUGGAGAUUAAAAAUUGCGACAAAUUGAAUACUUCUCCAAGUCAUUUCCCUUGCUUGAAAGAAUUGAAAUUUAUAGCAUGGAUAGUGAUUUUCCAUUGA